AUCCAAUUCCAACCCAGCAGAAUUCCGACUGGGGAUCUGGGAUCAUUAUUAUUAUUUUUUAUUUUCUUUAAACAAAAAGAAAAGAAAUUAAAAAAAUAAGUUUAAGACAAGAAAGGAGGAGGAGAGGAAGUGACGGAAGCUUGGAAUGAGAGGAUCUAACGGAAACUAGUGGAGUCUAAUCGACGCCGUUUGGUUGCAGCGAAAGAAGAAGAGCGAAGAGCGAAGGGAAGGAGGGAUGCUGAAAUUCUUGAAGGGAGUGGUGGGCGGAUCGGGGACUGGACCCAAAGAUCUGCCCUACAACAUCGGCGAUCCUUACCCCUGUGCUUGGGGCUCUUGGACUCACUUCCGAGGCACCUCCAAGGACGAUGGGUCUCCGGUUUCCAUAUUCUCUAUAUCUGGAAGUAAUGCUCAGGAUGGCCAUUUGGCCGCUGCUCGCAAUGGCGUCAAGCGUCUCCGCACUGUCAGACACCCAAACAUCUUAUCAUUUCUUCACAGUAUUGAGGCUGAAACUGUGGAUGCUUCUUCUGCCACCAAGCAAAUUAUCUAUAUCGUUACCGAGCCUGUUAUGCCCCUCUCUGAUAAGAUCAAGGAGCUCAAUUUACAAGGUAUCCAAAGGGAUGAGUAUUUCGCAUGCGGACUGCACCAGAUAGCGAAGGCUGUCAGUUUCUUGAAUAAUGAUUGUAAACUUGUUCAUGCCAACGUUUGCUUGGCCAGUGUCGUUGUAACUCAAACUUUGGACUGGAAGCUACAUGCUUUUGAUGUACUAUCUGAGUUUGAUGGCGGCAAUGAGGCUUCUGCCGGACAAAUGCUGCAAUUUGCCUGGCUUGUUGGACCACAAUACAAACCCAUGGAGUUACUUAAGUCUGAUUGGGCUGCAAUCAGAAAGUCUCCACCAUGGGCUAUUGAUUCUUGGGGCUUGGGCUGCCUUAUAUACGAGCUCUUCUCCGGUCUGAAAUUAAGCAAAACAGAGGAACUACGCAACACGGCUUCUAUUCCAAAGUCUCUGCUUCCAGAUUAUCAGCGGCUCUUGAGUUCCACGCCUUCUCGUAGGUUGAAUACAUCGAAGCUUGUAGAAAAUAGUGAAUAUUUUCAAAAUAAGCUAGUGGAUACAAUACAUUUCAUGGAAAUUCUAAAUCUGAAAGAUAGUGUUGAGAAGGAUACCUUCUUCCGCAAGCUUCCAAAUUUAGCGGAGCAGCUACCUCGCCAGAUUGUGCUGAAAAAGUUGCUUCCUUUAUUGGCUUCUGCCCUUGAAUUUGGUUCAGCUGCUGCACCUGCUUUGACGGCUUUGUUGAAAAUGGGUUCCUGGCUUUCAACCGAAGAAUUCAGUGUGAAGGUGCUGCCAACAAUUGUGAAGCUGUUUGCUUCCAAUGACCGAGCUAUUCGAGUUGGACUUUUGCAACAUAUUGAUCAGUUUGGAGAAUCAUUAUCAGCACAAAUUGUUGAUGAGCAAGUUUACCCCCACGUUGCUACUGGGUUCACUGACACAUCUGCUUUUCUCCGGGAACUGACUUUGAAGUCGAUGCUUGUUCUAGCUCCUAAGCUUUCUCAACGCACCAUUUCAGGGUCCUUGUUGAAGUAUCUUUCAAAGUUACAGGUUGAUGAAGAACCAGCAAUUAGAACGAACACCACUAUAUUACUAGGGAACAUUGCAUCCCACCUGAAUGAUGGGACAAGGAAAAGAGUGUUGAUUAAUGCUUUUACUGCCCGUGCAUUACGUGAUACUUUCUCACCUGCCCGAGGAGCAGGUAUAAUGGCUUUGUGUGCUACCAGUUCUUAUUAUGAUAUCACUGAGAUUGCAACUCGGAUUCUCCCAAAUGUUGUUAUUCUUACCAUUGAUCCUGAUAAUGAUGUUCGAUCAAAGGCAUUUCAAGCAGUUGAUCAAUUUUUACAAAUAGUGAAGCAAUCCUAUGAAAAGACUGAUGCAGGAGAUACUGCCGGUGUUGGAAUCUCAUCACUACCAGGAAAUGCUAGUUUACUGGGAUGGGCAAUGAGCUCCUUGACUCUCAAGGGUAAACCUUCUGAACAAGCUCCACUUGCUCCUGUAAAUACCAGUGCAUCUCUUACUAAAACAACUUCUAAUGCAAGCUCAGUGGUGGAUACUCCAAGCACGGCGCCUGCCCACAUAAGUUCGACAACAGAUUUUGCCGAUCAACGUAUACCUGAUUCCCCAACAUCUACAGAUGGCUGGGGAGAACUUGAAAAUGGAACCCACGAAGAGAAUGAAAGUGACAAGGAUGGGUGGGAUGAUGUUGAACCCCUGGAAGAGCCAAAACCAUCUCCUGUUCUUGCGAGUAUUCAAGCAGCUCAAAAGCGGCCGGUCUCACAAGCUGCUUUGCAGCCUAAACAAGCAACAAGUUUGAGAUCGAAAAACACAGCCAAGGCACCAAGAACAAACGAAGAUGAUGAUUCAUGGGGCUCGAUUGCCGCCCCUGCACCAAGAACAGUUUCAAAACCAAUGAAUGUGAAAGCAAGUGCAGCAGUUGAUGAUGAUGAUCCAUGGGCUGCGAUUGCCGCUCCCCCACCCUCUACCAAGGCAAAGCCUCUAUCAGUAGCCAAAGGCCGAGGAGCGAAACCUGCUGCUCCAAAAUUGGGCGCACAGAGGAUAAACCGGACGCCUUCGUCGGGGGUGUAAAUUACACAAAAUACGGAGAGAAGAUUUUGGUGGCUGGUGUUCAUGUUAUCAUUGGUGCCAACUCGUAUUAAUUGAUUUGUAAUGAUAUUCACUUGAUUGUUUUGGUUUUACAGCUGCCAUUCUGUUUAGGAUGGAGGUGCACCUACUCCUACUACUAGUUGCAGGGGAAGUUAAACUAAACUGGCUAUCAAUUUUUGGGCCUGUAAAGCAAAUUGGUGACGUGUAAUUUAUCACAUUCUUCUUUGUAGUCAAAAUGCUUAGGGGAAGUUUUCUACCCAUAUCACA